AUGGCCAUGUCGGGAGCUGCGCAACGACCCACCGGCUCGGCGGCCGUGCCUCCUAGGGCUUUGCAGGCCAAGCAGGAGGCAAACUACAUCCGACCAGUCGAGGGGAAAUCGGCCAGAGGGCUGACGUGGCGGGGCUGCUGGGGCUGCUCCUCCACGGAAAUUGGCAUUUACGUCUUGGCGACGGUUGUCGGACAUAUACACUUGCAACCCCUCCAGGAAGGCUCCGAAGCGGAGUACAAGGCAGCCCUGCAAGACGUUCGCAGGUUGCUGCAGGAGUCCCUGCCGGCCAGCGCGGUCUUGGCGAAUGUGACUUGGGCACGGGCGUGUCCUCAGAGCAGUGGUCGCAUGGCAGAAGUGGCCAUCGUCGGCACCCUCACCGCGUGCCAGCGCCUACAGCAGAACUGGCAGGGCAAGAAGCUUUGCGGAGGGCUGGUGGUUGGCACUUGGACCUCCCUCAACGACACUGCCUCAGAGACUCACGCCGAUCGGAUGGCCGAAAUGGUGGAAAAGGAAUUGCGAGGGCCCAGGAGGCGUACCUUGGCGCUGGAGGUUCCAACACGGUGGGUCGAGGGAGAAGCACCCAAACAGGUGAACCAGUUGGGGCCGAGGUCUCUAUGGUACCGCUUCUGUGUGCUCUUUGGGGAGGUGACCACGCUGGAGUUGGUCCGUCCCAUGGGGUCCCACUCCACGGUGCAGCUGCUGAUCAGCUACAAGGAGCCGGAGUUCGCUGGCGCCUUCAGGGAAGCCUUGACGGAUCGAUGUUUGAUCUUCAUGAACAGCAGCAUACCUGAUGAUUGCCAUCCUGUCAUUUGUGUUCCUGGCGACGGCUACUCUUUGCGCGAGUAUUUUUGCUCUGGCGCCUCGCGCGAGAAGAAGGGUGAGCCCAAAAGCUCUCCAGCCGUGGUGGCGCCAGUGGCUGGUGGCGCAAGCACCCCCAAAGCGCCGACCCACAGCAGUCCGCGACUUCAGGGUGGCUUCCUGCUGCGCCGCUGCGGUCGCGGGGAAGUGUCUGGCGCGUUGCGCCCGGCGCCCGACACCUUUGCGAUCACCAAAGUGCAGAUGGACUUCGGUCGUGAAGAUACCUGCGAUGUCGUUCUUCGGCAUCAGCAUGUCUCCAAGGUGCAUGCGGUUUUCGUCCUGCAGACCUUACCAGAGGGUGCUGGCGACAUGCUGCUGAUGCAAGAUUCUUCGUCCAACGGCACCUGGAUCAAUGGCAUUCGCAUGGUGCCGGGCCGGUUCCAACAGCUUCAACCGGGUGACAGGGUCUCAUUCCUACAGCCAACAACGAGCUUGGAGGAGGAUGUGGCGACCUGGGAGGUCCGUCGGGAUGCUUCGGUGGUGGUGCAACCUGCAGCGAAACCGGCUGCAGCGACACCGGCUGCGGAAACCGGGCCUUUACCAGUCCCUCCUGCUCGGACUCGGGGCCCACUGCAGGUGAAGAAGGCGGAGACCGAUGAGAUCGAUGUAGUGGACGGUGUGGCGAGAGCGAGAGCGACAGUUCCGGCCCCAGCACCACCGCUGGAGAAGCCCUUGCAGCAGGGCAAACAGGUGGCACCAGACGUGGAGAAGGCCAAGGUCACAGAUGUCGGAGCACCGGGCGUCGCGCCGGGCGGAAAGGUGACGCCCAGCAGCCAACACGCGGACCGCACGUGCCGCACGACGGAGGCCAGAAAGGCUGCCAAGAAACCAGUGGCAAAGGCGGCAGAGGCAACACAGAGCGGCAAGUCGAAGCCGCCAAAGAACGAUGUGGACCCUCUCGCUGCCCAGGCGCCUAAAGCUGCCGCCAAGGCACAGAGUGGCAAGCCGAAGCCACCGAAGAACGCUGCGGACCCUGUCAGAGCCCAAGCAGCCAAAGCCGCACCGAAAGCUGCCGCUGGGCGCCCCGUACGGCGCACCGUGCCUGAGCCGCCGGAUGAGCCGCCGGAGAAGAAGGGUGCCAAGCGCCAAGCGACGCCCGAGGGGAUGAAGAUACGAGCUGCAGCCAAGACCCGCCCCGAGCUGCGCAGAGGGCGCGAGGUCGAAGCGGACAUGGAGGUCGAAGCGGAGCCGUUGGAUCCGGAGGCCCUGGCGCAGGGCUACGCGGCGCUGGCUGCGGCCUAUGCACAGGCGGCCGCUGAGGAGGAUCGGACGCAGGUGGAGGUGCCGGUGUUGGCGGCGGCCGCGGCGGCUGCUUUGAAGAGGGAAUCCUUGCCUGCCGUGGCCCCUCCGCCGCCACCGCCACCGCCACCGCCUGUGCCGCCAUGGCGCACGGAGCCGCAGAUCUUGCCGCCACCGCUCAAACGGCCGCGCGUGGAAACGCCGAGCCAGGUUCCUGUGGGCGUUGCCAUUCAGGCGGCGGGGAACUUCCUCAGUCAGAUGCGCCAGCUGAAGCCCAAGGUUUGCGCUGCCCCCCCUGGCUCUGAACCCCCACGAGUGACGCCUUACGUGGACAUGCCAGUGGGAGGAACGCAAUCACUUUCAGAGGACCUGGCGUCGAAUGACAUCGUUUCUUGGUCUCGAGCAUGGCGGCUGGAACACUACCAGGCCACCCUGCUCCGCAAUUACGAUGACGUGGACCAGAUCUGUAGUCUUCACAAAGACGACCUGAACGGCUUCUUCCAGGACAACCAAGUCUCCGACGAGGCCGACCGGCUCGCCUUCACGCACGCGAUCCAGGGGAGGCAAGCCUUUGUCACUUGA